GAGUCCUUCGCGCAGAGGGCACAUCCCCCACCCUCACCCCCGACUCCGGAACUUGUGCUUUAGGCCCCUUGCACCGGCCCGGAAGGCUAUGGCAGUGGCUACUGUGGCCACAGCGGUACUGGCCGUACUGGGUGGUGCGCUGUGGCUGGCGGCCCGGGGGUUUUCUGGUUCUAGAGGUCAGAGGCGGCAGAAAGACGAGGACCGGGGCUUCAUGCACGGGAAGACAGUGCUGAUCACCGGAGCAAACAGUGGCCUGGGCCGAGCCACGGCCGCCGAGCUGCUGCGCCUUGGGGCGCGGGUCAUCAUGGGAUGUCGGGACCGCGCGCGAGCGGAGGAGGCGGCUUGUCAGCUCCGCCAGGAGCUCAGUCAGACUGGGGGUCCUGAGUCCGACGCCACCGACGGCCAGCUGGUCGUCAAGGAGCUGGACCUGGCCUCGCUGCGCUCAGUGCGAGCCUUCUGUCAAGAACUCCUACAGGAGGAGCCCAGGUUAGACGUCCUCAUCAAUAAUGCGGGGAUUUUCCAGUGUCCAUAUAUGAAGACUGAAGAUGGGUUUGAAAUGCAGUUUGGAGUGAACCAUCUGGGCCACUUUCUACUCACCAAUCUUCUGCUUGGACUCCUCAAAAGUUCAGCUCCCAGCAGGAUAGUAGUCGUUUCUUCCAAACUUUAUAAAUACGGAGAUAUCAACUUUGACGAUUUGAACAGUGAACAAAGCUAUAAUAAAAGCUUCUGCUAUAGUCGAAGCAAACUGGCUAACAUUCUUUUCACCAGAGAACUAGCCCGUCGCUUAGAAGGAACAAAUGUGACUGUCAAUGUGCUGCAUCCUGGUAUUGUGCGGACAAACCUUGGGAGACACAUACACAUUCCACUGCUGGCCAGACCACUUUUUAAUUUGGUAUCAUGGGCAUUUUUCAAAACUCCUCUAGAAGGUGCCCAGACCUCCAUCUACUUAGCCUCUUCACCUGAUGUAGAAGGUGUGUCGGGAAGGUACUUUGGAGAUUGUAAGGAAGAAGAACUCUUGCCCAAAGCUAUGGAUGAGUCAGUAGCAAGGAAACUGUGGGAUAUCAGUGAAGUGAUGGUUGGCAUUUUAAAAUAGGGUAAACAUAAGAGGGCUACUUAUAAGACUAUCCAUUACACCAUUGGCAGAGAAGGGCAUGUGCGCAUGUGCUACUUAAAAACACUUGGUUUUUCAGAGAUACUGCUGAGAGGUAUACAUGAUGUUUGAAGGCCAGUGGAGUUAUGUGGGGCUAAUACAAAGUUCAGCAAAGAUGUGUUAAAUCUAGAUCAUAACCAGAAUGAAGAACUAAGUUCUGUUUUAUUAAACACAAUUGGGUAAUCAUAAAUUAUAAAUGUAAAGAUCCUGGAAAUUUAAAAGAUAUCUUAAGAGGUUUUCAAAAAUCCUUGAGUUUCAAAGCAAAAAUGUUAAGAAUUCUUACGGCAAAUGCUUGUUUUGUGGAAAUAAUAUGCCUAGUAUAUGCACGUAAAUUAAUUUCUUGUAAUAAAUGUAUGAUGCAGAUUCUUCAGUGUAUCUCUUUCGAAGUAGCUGAAUGCAUUCCUUUAGAUUGUCCUCAUUAGCCUUUGGUCUUGCUGGACCAGGUUCUUCCUGUCAUAUCUUGCACACUGCUCUGAAAAGUUACACUUCUAAAAUACCAACUAUGAACUGGUGUCCUUUGCACUACCAAACCUGUGAUGGUUUUACAUUUAACCAUACAGUAAGCUUUCUUAGCCUCUUUUUUGUUGUUUUGUUUUUUUUUUUUUCUAGCUGUAGAAUUUUUUAUUCAAAGAACUCAAAUGUCAGUGCUGAGUAUAUAAAUAUUGCAGUGAUACAAGGCUAGAAUUCCCCAAAGGGACAUUGUAGAAUGUUGUAGUUGAUAAAUUGUUACUUACUCUUUAAGCUCUUUAAUUCACACUGGAGAUACUCCAUGGGCUCUCCACAUAUCUUGUACUCAGUAUUGUUGGAUGGAAUGAAUUCUAUUCCAGCCCAAUACAGUGGACUAAAUAUGUAUAGUGGACUACCUGAAAUAUAAUUUAAAAAUGGAUUUCUAAUCUUAUUUAAACAGGUAAUUGUCUGGUGACUACCUUCUUAGACUAUCCAUCUACAUUGUCCAGCCCUGAAUGUAGAAGAGCCACUCACGCCCUUGCCUUUGGAUCAUCUCUUUGUAUGUUCCUUCAGUCUGGAAUACACUGUUAUAAGGAUACAAGCGAACUGUCAUGUGUCCAUCAGGUGUACCUGUUGGCAGAACCAUGUUUUGUCUGCUUUGUUUUUUUGGUUUUGGGAGCUUUGCUUAAAGAGCAGUAGGUUAUACACUGCAGGUCCAGUUAGACAAUUUAAAAGAAUUGUCCAAAGAAAUGAAGUGAUUUAUUUUUUUCCCUCAGGAAUAAGAGUAGCUGGCAUGGAGUGAAUAAAUGCAACAAAGAAUGAAGCAGUGUUAGGCAUAAAAAUAACUGAGCCCAAUAGGCAUACUGUAGGCCUCUGUGUUGUAACAUUAGAAGUUGUAGCAUCAGAAGUAUCAGCUUAAUAGCUUCAAUUUUGUUUUUUUGUCUUGACACCUCAGAAUAUCAGAGAAAACAAUGAAAAUACAUAGUGAGAGGCUGCUCCACUUAGUUUAAUGGCCACUUGUGCAGAGCUAAGUCUUGUUAUUUUUAAGAACAUGCCGUACCUGGUUACUAAUACUGGUUCUUCUCCAGAUUGGCACGCUCUUAGAUCACGCAUAAAAUGUUUUCUUUUAGAGCACUGUCUUCAUACAACAAAUGGUCAUCUCAUCACAGGUGUGUUUCUGAGGUGUAGUGGGCAGAACUACAUUAUGUUCUUUGAAAUGAAUUUUAGAAGGUUAUUCUACAAAGAGACCUGCUGAGCUUGGAAAUAUGGGCAGGGCGUACAUGAGAAUGCAACUUGGAAAAGUGGAAGCUAAUAAAUCUGUCCUACACCUCGGCUUCAUUAAAAAGGAGCUCCCUUUUUCAUUUAAUACCAUCUUUUUCUGGCUGUGUUUUGAUACCUGACGCUUUUCAGGGGAUUUAGACCUUUUGAGCCUUUCAGAGUUCUUGUUUGUGGCACCACAGUAAAAAAGGAUAUAUUAAUUUAUCGUGAUGGGGAAAAAUACUCAUCUGCAAACACCAGUUAUUAUGGUAAAAUGAGCUGCCAUUUGGAUGAUGUCUUUCCCACUAUUGUGGCCGAUGGAAUCAAGGACCAACAGCACCAGCCUGAGUAGGUACAACUGAAAGAUUAUUGCAGCUCUUUCUCCUGUAACUCACUUCUGAUUAUUCCACCUGGCAAAGGAAUAAGGGAAACAAUUCUGUUACUUUGAUCAGCAAAAUACUGGUAAAGCAAGCCUGAGCCAGAUAAUGAAAUAAAUGAGAUGAAACCCA